ACGUCACUAAACGCGUAUUAUCUUAUAACUGUUUUGUUUUUCGAAAGCAAUUAUCAUUAUGUUUUAUUUUAUAUUGGCGCUUUUGCCUCUAUCGAACAGCUGUUGCUUUAAAACGAGAAUUAAGUCAUAUCUCGAAUUCAGUAGCACGAGAGCAUUCGUGAAGUGAUUAUACACCGCACAUAAUUAUAUUUUACACUUAUAUAAAAAAUUUUUUUAUUAAAAAAAGUGUGUGAUGCGUACAUAACCUUUAUUUUAUUUUUCGUCAUUUUCCAACAUCUAAAGAGUGAAUUUUUUUUAAAUUUCUUUUUUACAAAGGAUGAAUCUAUCGUUUGCCGGUUGUGGCUUUCUCGGCAUUUAUCAUGUCGGUGUUGCCGUGUGUUUUAAAAAUUAUGCACCCCAUUUGUUAUUGGAUAAAAUUAGUGGUGCCUCGGCAGGAGCUAUGGCAGCGUGCUGUUUACUUUGUGAUUUGCCCCUUGGGGAGAUGACGAGUAAUCUUCUCAAGAUGGCAGAAGACACGAGACAACGAACCCUUGGCCCUUUCAGUCCCUCCUUCAAUGUCCACGCAAUUCUUAUGGACAAUUUACAACAGAAUCUUCCCGAAGACGCACAUUUAAGAGUAAAUGGAAAACUUCACGUUUCCUUAACGAGAGUAUAUGACGGAAAAAAUGUCAUUGUUUCUCAAUUUAAUUCCAAAGAAGAUUUACUACAGGCACUAUUGGCAAGUUCGUUUAUUCCAAUUUUUUCCGGUAUUUUACCACCGAGAUUUCAUGGUAUUAGAUAUAUGGAUGGAGGUUUUAGUGAUAAUCUUCCAACACUCGAUGAAAAUACAAUAACAAUCAGUCCAUUUUGUGGGGAAAGCGAUAUUUGUCCCCGUGAUAUUUCCUCACAAUUAUUUCACGUGAAUGUUGCAAACACAAGUAUCGAAUUAUCGAGGCAAAAUAUUUAUAGGUUCGCUAGAAUACUCUUUCCCCCAAAUCCAGAGAUUUUGUCAAAUAUGUGUAAACAAGGAUUUGAUGAUGCAUUGCGUUUUUUGCAUAGAAAUAAUUUAAUCAAUUGCAAUCGAUGUUUGGCUGUUCAGUCGACAUUUGUUGUUUCGGAAACUUUGGAUGAUAAUAUGGAAUAUGAUCCAGAAUGUCUCGAAUGUAAAAUGCAUAGACAGGAAGCAUUGGUGGCAAAUUUUCCCGACACUCUAAUGUCGAUAUUUCAAGAUGCAAUUGAUUCAGCGAACAAGGGAAUUCUCAAUUGGCUUUUUAAUCAAAAAAGUGUGAAACUCUUGUCGCUUUUGAGUAUUCCUUACACCCUACCAGCAGACGUUGUCUAUGCAACUGUUACAAAAUUGGUACAAUUAUUUUCCAGAUUCGUGAUGAAUACUCCGAAGCUGAGUAAUAAUCUUUUAGAAAUAAGCAGAUUCUUAAUGGAACAAUUGACUGUUUUAUUUCCAAAAAUAAAUUUUUAUUAUCAAACAUCAUUGGGGACGAUCAAGUGUCAAUUAAAUGUUACCGAAUACAGUCCAAAAUUUUACGGUUUCAACGUAACGGAUGGCAAUGAUGGGAUUUUUAAGAAAACACAAGAAACUUUGAAUUUAACUCUUAGGUAUAAUAAAUCGUGGAAGGAUCUCACGCAAUCAAAAUCAAAUAGUAUUAUUAAUAUGCCGGAUUUUAAUGAUGACACGUUUGAGAAUACGCUUCAGGCAACGUCGGAUCAAGAUGCGCUGAUGGCAUAUUAUUACAUGGACGACGAUAAUAAAGUUCGUGUCGCAGAAAUAUUCGAUGUCACGGACAGCAAUAAACGUUCGAUGACGAAAAUGAAUGUUGACACGAAUCUUCAAUUCGAUGAUUGGGACGAGCCUACGUGGAUGAGACAGCACUCAUUAACCGAUGAUUUGUGUGAAUUUCCCUACGAGGAAACCAAACGUCGCAGCUCUCAAGACUCAACGGAUAUUUCAAUUGAAGAGGACGUUGUUGACGGUUCGAAUAUUUUCUCCGAUCCCGAAAGUGAAUGGGGCAUUGAAAAUGGCAAGAAUCAAGAAAUUUUCCUCGCUUCAAAUCCCCCAGUGGACAGUCGACCAGAAGUUGAUCAACCAUCAGUUCCUAUCUCUUGAACUUCUACUUUUUCAAAAUUAGGAAAUAUUUUGUUUUUUCUCUAAAAAUGCCAUUUAGAAAAAAAAAGAAAGUCAAACUUUGGAAAAGAAAGAAUACACUCGGAAGAUUAUUUCUCGAAAAUAAGAACUUUUUUUUUCUCUCAAAGAGAUGAAUUAGAAACUAUUAUAUCUUGCCGUUAUCUUAUUAUUAAUGAAAAAAGAGAAGAAAUGGUCCUUUAUAUUUUGUCAUGAUAGCAAAAAAAAAGAGAGAGGACAAAUGUGAUUGUUUUUCAUAUAUCAGAGUUUAUAUACUUUUUGAAAUGUGCGUUCGUUAAAAUCUCGAAAAUAUUCUUUUCAUAUUGUAAAAUAUUUGUGUUGGAACAUUUAAUAAUUAUGACAAUUUUUUAAAAUGUUUUUUAAAAGUUUUUUUUAAAACAGUUAUUUAAAAAUGUUUUUUAAAACAGUUUUUUUAAAAAAGCUUUUUCUUUUAAUUUUUGAAAAAAUGUGAUUUUAAUGAGCAAAUUUCAAAAAGUGAUGAAUAUAGUUUUUAUAGUUAAAAGAGAUCGAAAAACAUUUUAGCUGGGUCUAAAUGUUUUCCGAAUAUUGCUUCUUGAGUGAUACUUAUUUAUUAAACUCAGUCUUUAUUAAAUUAUUCAACUUUUUUUUGUAUUAUUUAAAUUACUCUAAGACUUGAAAAGUCAACACGUGUUUUAAUACAACAAGACAAAUAUUUCUUCGUUAUUAUAUUUUUUUUCUACUGUGUACAAUCUGCUGACAGAGAUAAAACAAAAAAAAAAAUUUCAAUUCGUUAAGAAAAAUUAUUAAUUUUACUCCUAUUGAUAAUAAUAUUCAAUUAUAAAAAAAAAGAAAUAAGUUUGGCAAUGUUUCUAGUGUUUGCAGAUUUUUUUUUGAAUAACAAAAAAAAAAAACUACAAAAUUCUUCGGUAUUGUGUAACGACUCGUGGCCGCAAAAUGUUUAUCAUUCGACUUACGGUUACAAUGGAUCAUUGUUAGAAGAGAAUCGAGGCGGUCGUCGUUGUCGUCUUAUCUCUUUGACAUGUGGGUAAUACUAGAUACCGCGCUAUCGAAACUCAACAACAACAAGAAGGAUCUAUCGUUUUUUUUUAUUUUUAUUUUCAUUUUUUUUUAUUCUUCUGCGAACGAUCGAUUUUUAUUAUCGAUAGGAAAACAAAGAGAAUAAGACUUAUUUAUUGCAAUUAAUAUUAAACAUAAGUUGGAGAGCGAGAUUUCGACUGGUAAUGUAUAUCGUCGAUAAAGAAAUAAAUAUAUUUUGUAUAUCA